GCUUGCAGCCAGCCCCGAUGUAGGCACCCACGGAGUAUAAAUAACCCAUCGCUUUUCUUCGCCACCUCAACUCUCCAGCACCCAAAUUCAAUAUGGCUCCCCUCUCCCGUAAAAAAGAUCUUUGCAACAAGUUCCUCGACAGCGAACUUCGACGUGCCGCCCGCAGAUACGGUAUCUCCGUAACCGACCGACUCAAAGACGAAGUCGCCUUAGCUCUCUCCCGAGCGCAUAUCAGCGACGCUCAAAUCCGACGAGCCAAUUCUACAUAUGCCGUGGUCGAGAGAUCAGGACGCGCGGCAAUCAUGCCCUACCGUCCCAAUUCCCAUCGUGCACACUUCUCCGGUGGCCAACACACUCUCACUUUCGGUGGCAAUGGGGAUGUUUACGCCAGCACGUAUGCUCGUAUCGGUCCCAACCAUCGUCGAUUGAUCAGAGAUGAAUUCGAUUCGUAUGAUGCUGCGUUUAAUGCAGUUCAGAGUGAGACUGCGCGGGUUCACGGGACUUGGCGGCACUUUCCCGUGAUUUUUUCGCGAGUGGAAGGGUUGAGUCGGGUGCACGUAGAGCGCAAUUGGGGUGGUUGAAUUCCUUUUGGGGGGCGAAUAGUGGUAGGAGUGGCAGUGGUAGUCGAAUUGAAGAGCUUACGGAUGAUUGAGACGGAUCAUCAUUAGAACGACCUGGUGGUUCAUGGGGUACUGCCAAUGUCUCUUUUGCUCACGAUAGUUAAAUACAUCUGUUUUUUCCUAUAUUGGGUGUUACUCAGCUCAGUUAUACUGUUGGUCAUCAGGCAGUCGGAAUGAGCGGUAACCCAGCAGCCCCCGCCACAUCUAAAAA